CAGAAAAAAUACUGGCUCUGUUAUCAAGAAGUCACACCGUCAAAAUCUUUGCGAAUUAUUGGAGACGAACACUGACCACCAAAGGAAGACAUUUGGACACGUAGAGCAAAAUCUGUCAAAUUGAGUGUAACUUAGCAGUAUGUCUUUACGGAUAGUUCCUUGUAGAUUUGAUAAACUAUUUCAAGUCAAAACAUAUUGAAAUCAAUAGAAAAUAAACACCGGUUGCGAAAAGGAAUUAGAUUUUUCUGGAUUAAAUAUCAAUACAGGUUUGUAGUCUAAAUUACCUGGAUUCUUCUGUCUGCUUUUGACGAGAAAGCGGAGCGGCGCGUAUUCACAUCAUCACCCCUGUCGGCAGCAGUGCCAUGGCGGCCCCCAUCACCAACGUUCCUAAAGGCUGUGGCCCCUCCGUGGGCUCCCUGUACUUCAACCUGUGUGACUUGACUGCAGUGUGGGGCAUCGUGGUGGAGUCACUGGCGGCUUUAGGCGUGGUGACAGCCUUCGUCCUCAUCAUCAUCCUCAUGGCCAGCCUUCCCUUCGUGACAGACAGGAAGAGGAAAGGUAUGGUGGCCCUGCAGGCCAGCUUUCUGGCCUUCACCCUUGGCCUCUUUGGCCUCUCUUUUGCCUUUAUCAUGGGCCGGGACUUCACAAGCUGCACUGCGCGUCGCUUCCUGUUUGGUGUACUGUUUGCGGGUGGUCUUGCCUGCCUCCUGAUGCAUGGGCUGUGGCUGGUGCUCCUGAACCGGCAGGGCCAGGGCCCCCGGGGCUGGAUGCUGUGUCUGGGGGCCCUGGCCUUCUGGCUGGUUGAGAUCAUCAUCAAUACAGAGUGGCUGAUCAUCACGGUGGAGAGGAGGCCAAUGACAGCCAGUGGCAACCCUGACAUCUCCUGCAGUAUCACCAACCAGGACUUUGUGAUGGCUUUGAUCUAUGUCAUGGCCCUGCUGCUGGGCGUGGUGCUGAUGGCCGUGCCCUCGCUCACACACAAACACAAGGCCUGGCGGCGGGACGGAGCCUUCAUCCUGGCCACCGGGGUCUGCUCCAUGGCCGUGUGGGUGGCCUGGAUCGUCAUGUACAUCCAUGGGAACCAGGUGGCCGGGGACCCCAGCUGGGACGACCCCACCCUGGCCAUUGCCCUGGUCAGCAAUGCCUGGGUGUUCUUGGUCCUAUACACCAUCCCAGAGAUCUGCUCCCUCACCAAGGAGCAGGAGGAGGGGGAUGAGCAGCCCAGUGAUGGGGAACACAUUAUCUACCCAGUCAGGAGCUUGGUCUAUGAUAACAUUCUGAAGGAGCAGAACACUGCAGCAGCAGCAGCCCAUCAGAACAUGUACAUGGAGAACAAGGCCUUCUCCAUGGACGAACCCAACACAGCAGCCAACAAGCCUGUAUCUCCAUACGGUGGUUAUUGCGGUCAGCUCCGCAGCUGUGUGUACCAGCCCACAGAACUAGCUCUAAUCACCAAGAGCCUGGCAAAUAGGGACCAGUCCCAUGAGACGGGCCUCCCCAGGGCCACGGCCCCCACUCUAAACCAGAGCAGCAGCUCCCUGCCUCACUCUCUGGUGCCCCUACCCACCACUGGACUGUCCCCAGCAGUCAGUGGAAAUGGUGUGUAUAAGAAGCCUCUGUGGUGAAUCUAUGCUACUACAACCUGGUUCCUGUUCUUCACCCUCCCCCUAUUCUAGUCUGUGCCCUAGUUUCCCCUGCAGCCCCAAAACCUUUGACCACUGUAGAGGCCAGGCUGUUCUGUACAUACAGUAGGGCUGGAGGGAGCCAGUGUCAGAGGAGAGGCCACAGUCUUGGUGCUGUGCACCCAGAAAAAGUGUGUCUCUCAUCUCCCUGUGUCUCAUCCACUGUCCCAGUGGCAGUACUAGCCACCCUCCACCUACCCAUCUCCCAAGCCAGCACUCCCCACCCCCGGGCCACAACCCCACGCACUGAUGGGAGAUCCAACCAACACAGCAACACACAGCAGUGUGGCCAGAGUGAUUGGACAAUGAGGCAGUUUCAAAAGGAAUUUGUUGCACAGCCAUAAAAACCUUUCAGUCUAAGCCCUGUAAAAAAAUCUAAAGGAAGUUUGUUCUGAAGUGUCUGUCCUAUAUAUAAGAAAUACUUAAAACAUUUUUUUUACAUGUAUUUAGCCACUUGUUUUUUGGAACUAAACAGUUUCCAUAUAUACUUCCAUUCAUUUGGUACUGGGGGACCUUCAGACGAGUCAUGUGAAAGCCUCUGGGCAUCCUAGAGCAAAUGUACAGUGGCUUGCGAAGUAUUCACGAUUUUUCCUAUUUUUCCUAUUUUAUUGCCUUACAACCUGGAAUUAAAAUGGAUUUUUCGGGGGUUUGUUUCAUCUGAUUUACAUAACAACAUUUGAAGAUGUAAAUUCAUUGUGAAACAAACAAGAAAUAAGACAAAAAAAACUGAACUUGAGCGUGCAUAACUAUUCACUAUUCAAAAGACAAUACUUUGUAGAGCCACCUUUUGCAACAAUUACAGCUGCAAGUCUCUUGGGGUGUCUUUAUAAGCUUGGCACAUCUAGGCACUGGGAUUUUUGCCAUUUCUUCAAUGCAAAACUGCUCCAGAUCCUUCAAGUUGGAUGGGUUCCGCUGGUGUACAGCAAUUUUUAAGUCAUACCACAGAUUCUCAAUUGGAUGGAGGUCUGGGCUUUGACUUGGCCAUUCCAAGACCUUUAAAUGUUUCCCCUUAAAACACUUGAGUGUUGCUUUAGCAGUAUGCUUAGGGUCAUUGUCCUGCUGGAAGGUGAACCACUGUCCCAGUCUCAAAUAUCUGGAAGACUGAAACAGGUUUCCCUCGAGAAUUUCCCUGUAUUUAGCGCCAUCCAUCAUUCCUUCAAUUCUGACCAGUUUCCCAGUCCCUGCUGAUGGAAAAACAUCCUCAUAGCAUGAUGCUGUCACCACCAUGCUUCACUGUGGGGAUGGUAUUCUUGGGGUGACGAGAGGUGUUGGGUUUGUGCUAGACAUAGCGUUUUCCUUGAUGGACAAAAAGCUCAAUUUUAGGUCUCAUCUGAUCAGAGUAACUUAUUCCAUAUGUUUGGGGAGUCUCCCACAUGCCUUUUGGCGAACACCAAACAUGUUUGCUUAUUUUUCU